GGCCGGCCAUGGCUCGGUGCUGUUGGCUCUCUCACUCGCUGUGUGUGUGUGUGUGCGUGUUGCUGAAGCCCAGGCUGCGCGGAGCUCCCUGCGGGAUCGGAGCGCUCCCCCGCCGGGACCCUACUCUCACAUCCUCCCUGCUGGGACACGGGGCUACAUUUCCAGCCAAGCCUGCGCUUUAUUAUGUGUGUCUGCGCCGCAGCCCCGCCAGCAUUCGGAUCGGGAGGCGGAGGGAAGACCAGAGUCAGGACAAAGAAGAAAAGGGAGAGAGCGAGGCUAUAGCGGUUAACGUUUACAGCUCUUUUUAAGGGGGCAUUAAUAUAUACAUAUAUAUAUAUAUAUUUUUGAACAAGAACGUAUUAAUCCCUACAGGUGAGAGAUAAAAAAAAAAAAAAAAGAUGCCUAAAAAGGCGCCCUAAAAAUAAAGAGGGCGGUUCAGUUCAGUGUUUUGCUGGAUCAGAGGACAAGAAAGACGGACAAAACUGGACAAAACGGAACCUUUAAGCGGAGCGCGCGGGAUAAGAAAAAGAACACAAUUGCACUGUUCGUUUAAAAGGCGUUUACGCGUUCACAGGACGCACCGGCACCUUUCCCGCGACCAUCACAUUCCCGUAACGCUUUGAUUGCUUGUUAUUUUUUUUUUUGUUGUUGUUUUGUUUUUUUGGUUGUUGUUGUUGGACACAGCAUCCUUUUUCUUCUUGUUCUUCUUUUGAAAAACUCCUCUCACUCGCCUGUGCGCGCGGAGUGUUAAAGCCGCAGCGCGAGGAUCCGCUCCUGUAAUCUACAGGUUGAAACCGGGCGCGCGAAGUUGCUCAAGCGCCGGAAUAUCCACUCGCCAUUACUCUCGGCUCGUUCCCUCGGAGUGCUGCUGCUGGUCUGGCUUGACACACACACGCACACACACGCACACACACACAGAAAGAGAGAGAGAGAGAGAAAGAGAGAGAGGGAGAGAGAGAGGGAGAGAGAGAAGUAGCCGCAUUGCAACAGGCAACAGGGACCAAAAAAAAAGUGCCAGCCUGUAGCCUAUGACUGUUUGCAAGAAAGGACAAGAAGUCGAUAGAAGCAGAAGCACACCGACUCAGAGAUGUCCAGGCGCAAGCAGGCCAAACCGCGCUCCGUUAAAGCAGUGGAAGAGGCAGACUCGGCUGAAUGUGCAGGAAGUUGGGACUCCUCGGCUCCAGCAGCAGCCGUACCUGAACGAGACUCUGACGGGAAAGAGCGGGCCGGUGGCGAAGACGGCGAGCACAGUGUGACCAGCCACGACGAUCGAGCGGGAGAGGAGGAUCUGGACGACGAGUCCAUCUUCACUUGUGAUAACUGCCAACAGGACUUUGAGUGCCUGGCUGACCUGACGGAGCACCGCACUAACCACUGUCCUGCAGAUGGUGACGAUGACCCAGGGCUCUCCUGGGUGGCGUCCUCUCCCUCCAGCAAAGACGUGGCAUCGCCAUCACAGAUGCUAGGGGAUGGCUGCUGCGAUCUGGGCAUGGGGGAGGAGGAAGGAGGUUCUGGCCUUCCUUAUCCCUGCCAGUUCUGCGAUAAGUCCUUCAGCCGUCUCAGCUACCUGAAGCGCCAUGAACAGAUUCACAGCGACAAGCUGCCCUUUAAGUGCACCUUCUGCAGUCGGCUGUUCAAACACAAGCGCAGCCGUGACCGUCAUGUCAAGCUGCACACCGGUGACAAGAAGUACAGCUGCCAGGAGUGUGAAGCUGCCUUUUCACGUAGUGAUCACCUUAAGAUCCACCUGAAGACACAUAGUUCCAGCAAGCCCUUUAAGUGCAGCAUUUGCAAGCGGGGCUUCUCCUCCACAUCCUCACUUCAGAGCCACAUGCAGGCUCAUAGGAAAAACAAGGAACAUAUGGCAAAAAAAGACCAGGUCAAGCGUGAGGGGUCCACGGGUGAUGCAGCUGACCAAGACCAGGACCUAUACAUGUGUGAUUACUGUGAGGAGACUUUCAGCCAAACAGAUGAGUUAGAGAAGCAUGUACUAACACGCCACCCUCAGCUUUCAGACCGUGCUGAACUACAGUGCAUCCACUGUCCAGAGAUUUUUAGUGAUGAAGGCACCUUGCUCACCCAUAUUGAUCGAACACAUGCCAACAAGAAACACAAGUGCCCCAUGUGUGCAGAGCAAUUUACAUCUGUAGAAGAUGUCUACUGCCACCUGGACAGCCACCGGCAGCCUGACUCCAGCAACCACAGUGCCAGUCCUGAUCCGGUUCUGGGCAGUGUAGCAUCCAUGAGCAGUGCCACUCCUGAUUCCAGUGCCUCACUUGAAAGAGGAUCCACUCCAGAUUCAACCCUCAAGCCUGCGCAGGGAAGACGCAAAUUAGUCCCAUCCUCUGACCAUGAUGAGGGAGGCUGGUCAGGAAAGGUGACAUAUAGUUGCCCUUAUUGCUCCAAGAGAGAUUUCAACAGCCUGGCUGUUCUGGAGAUUCACCUGAAGACUAUUCAUGCAGACAAACCUCAGCAAAGCCACACCUGUCAACUGUGUCUGGACACCCUGCCAACUCUGUACAAUCUGAAUGAGCAUGUACGGAAAGCACAUCGAUCUAGUGGGGGAUCCGCAUCCAACUUUCCCCUUCUGCAAUUCAGUAAUGUUUCUGCCUUUCACUGCAACUACUGUCCAGACAUGUUUGCUGAUAUCAAUAGUCUGCAAGAGCACAUCCGUGUUUCUCACUGCUUGCCGAGUGGUGUAGUCGCUGGCUCUACCACUCUAGAGGGCAACCAUGCCUUCUUCUGUAAUCAGUGCUCCAUGGGGUUCCUUACAGAAUCAUCGCUUACUGAACACAUCCAGCAGACUCACUGCAACAAUGCAAGUGGUGUGACCAAGAUGGAGUCUCCUGUACUGCAGCCAUCACAGUCCUUCAUGGAAGUGUAUUCUUGCCCCUAUUGCACCAAUUCUCCCAUCUUUGGUUCCCUACUCAAGCUCACUAAACAUAUCAAGGAGAACCACAAAAACAUCCCACUGGCCAAUAACAAGCGCAAAGUCAAAGUGGCAGACCUGAGUCCUGCUUCUUCUGAUGUGGAAAUCUCCUCUCCAAAACGCCACAGAGUGGCUGGUGAUUCUGCUCCUGCAGGUGCUAAUGGGGACUAUCCCUGCAACCAGUGUGACCUUCGCUUCACUAGCUUUGAAAGCUUCCAGGCCCACCUUAAGUCCCACCUGGAACUACUGCUGAGGAGACAGUCCUGUCCUCAGUGCAACAAAGAGGACUUUGACUCUCAGGAGUCGCUGCUGCAGCACUUGACCAUACACUACACCACCACCUCCACACAGUAUGUCUGUGAGAGCUGUGAUAAACAGUUCUCUUCUGUUGAUGAUUUGCAAAAGCACUUGCUGGACAUGCACACUUUUGUGCUGUACCACUGCACAUUGUGUCAGGAGGUAUUUGACUCCAAGGUCUCCAUCCAAGUCCACCUGGCUGUCAAACACAGCAAUGAGAAGAAAAUGUACCGCUGCACAGCAUGUGCAUGGGACUUCCGCAAGGAGAGCGAUCUGCAGAUGCAUGUGAAGCACAGUCACCUAAGUCAACCCACUGGGCCAGGUGUUGCCAGCAAAGCUCGCAAGUGUAUAUUCUGUGGGGAGAGUUUUGGUACAGAGGUCGAGCUCCAGUGCCACAUCACUACACACAGUAAAAAAUUUAACUGCCGCAUCUGUGGGAAGGCCUUCCAUGCUAUUGUCCUUCUGGAGAGACAUCUCAGAGAGAAGCACUGCAUGUUUGAUGGAGGAAAUGGCAAUGGAAAUGGAGGAAGUCAGAAUGGAACUCCAAAUGGGGUGAGUCAAAGCUCUAAGCGUGGAGGAGGAGGUUCAACUGCAGCGGCAGAACAGGCUGACUUGCAAAACAUGCUCCUAAAGGGAGGGGCUCAGGAAACUGCAAACAGUCAUGAAGCCAGUGGAGGAGAGGAAGAACUAGAUGCCUCAGAGCCGAUGUAUGCUUGUGACAUCUGUGGUGCAGCAUACACUAUGGAGUCCCUACUCCAAAACCAUCGACUGCGGGAUCACAAUAUAAGACCCGGUGAGGACGACGCAGGGUCCCGCAAAAAGAAGGCUGACUUCAUCAAGGGUAACCACAAGUGUAACGUCUGCUCAAGAACCUUUUUUUCUGAGAACGGCUUGAGAGAACAUGCCCAAACUCACCGUGGGCCAGCCAAGCACUACAUGUGCCCCAUCUGUGGAGAGCGCUUCCCCUCUCUACUCACACUCACAGAGCACAAAGUCACCCACAGCAAGAGCCUGGACACAGGUACCUGCCGCAUCUGCAAGAUGCCCCUCCAAAGUGAGGAGGAGUUUAUUGAACACUGCCAGAUGCAUCCUGACCUGAGGAACUCCCUGACAGGUUUCCGCUGUGUGGUGUGCAUGCAGACAGUCACUUCCACUUUGGAGCUGAAGAUUCAUGGCACAUUCCACAUGCAGAAGCUGUCCUCAUCAGGUGGCAGUGGUGGGGGAGGAGGUUCAGCCUCAUCAUCCCCCAAUGGCCAGCUGCAGGCUCACAAGUUAUAUAAGUGUGCCCUCUGUCUGAAAGAGUUCAAGAACAAGCAGGAGCUAGUCAAGUUGGAUGUCAAUGGCCUGCCUUUUGGGCUGUGUGCUGGCUGCAUGAAUCGAGGCACCAAUGGUCAGUCACCCAGCGGCGUUGUUACCCCUCAAGAGCCAGCGGAGAAAGGUGCUUCUGGACUACGCUGCCCUGAGUGUGCUGUGAAGUUUGAGACCUUGGAGGAUCUGGAAAGCCAUGUUCAGGUAGACCAUCCUGACAUGAGCCCAGAAACCAGUGCGGCUAAAAAAGCAGCAGAGGCCUCACCUGUUCCUAAAAAGAAAACAUAUCAAUGUAUCAAAUGCCAAAUGACCUUUGAAACAGAACGUGAGAUCCAGAUCCACGUGGCCAAUCAUAUGAUUGAGGAAGGCAUCAAUCACGAGUGCAAGCUGUGUAACCAGAUGUUUGACUCUCCAGCCAAACUCUUAUGCCACCUGAUCGAGCACAGCUUCGAGGGCAUGGGCGGCACCUUCAAGUGCCCCGUCUGCUUCACAGUGUUCGUCCAGGCCAAUAAGUUGCAGCAGCAUAUCUUCGCCGUGCACGGGCAGGAAGACAAGAUCUAUGAUUGCUCACAGUGUCCGCAGAAGUUCUUCUUCCAGACUGAGCUGCAGAACCACACACUGAGCCAGCACGCGCAGUGAGCCCGAGCCCCGCAGGACUCCCGGUUCAGCCCGGAACCCCAACCCAGGCCCGGUGGGGGACGCCCAUUUCAACAUCACAGCCAAUCAAAGUGUCAUUUGCUACUCACAUGUAAAACUCUAACGAUUCCGCCACCAGGCGCAGCUAUUACGAACGGUGGGGAACGAAUAUUAAUGGGAUAUGCUAUUAAAAAAAAGAAAAGGAGAAGGGGGAGGAAAUGAAGGAGAAGAGAAAAAGGUAUUCUACGUGCAGUAUUUUCUAUCGUCCCUGCUUCCCAUUUGUGCAUUUAAAAAAAUUUUUUUUUUUUUUUUUGGAACAAAA